AUUUUCUACUGCAAAAAGCUUCUUUCCACAAUGGUCAUUGACACUUUUCCUCACGAUGAGGCAGUCCGAGAAAAAAUGGGGAAAGCCAAUUUCCCUUGGUCCAGCGCCAAUGUCAAGACAUGGGUUUCGGACAAAAUGGCUAAGGAUUUCAAUUCGAGUGCUCCAGUUGAGUCCUUGUUCCCCGCGAAUGCGAUGGGGAUCCUGCAAUUGCUGAGAGAAGACGAACGUCGUGGAUCAGAAUUGGGUUCGAGACGAACGUCGUGGAUCAGUAUUAAGGCUCGGUAUGACGAUCCACCGAAAAGAGAUUGGGGUGAUGAAGCGUAUUACAGGAGUAAUAAGAUGCUGCCAAGAUGUCCGAAAAUAGAUCAUACGUACACUAAUCACGCUUUUACCAGUAGUAAGCAAGAAAAAAGUGCAUGAACGACAACGAUUUGAGCUUCAUACUUUGUACUGUUCAAGCUACUGUUGAGAGGUGGGACGGAGUUGAAGAACUACGGAGAUGUAUGAACAACAAUGAUUUACUGAAGAAGCCGGGGUGGAGCUGCGAUGAAACCGAAGGUUUGAUCCAUGGUUUUGCAUCUGGAGAUCGAUCACACCCUCAAAUGCUAGAAAUCUAUGAACCCGGCCUUGGAUGUCAUAUGUAGGAAUGAAAUUGUUCUGUUUCCUUUUGAAAGUGCCUCGAGGCCCAAAUUUUUUGUUCAAGAUUUGUCUCAUAGACAAAUAAAUUUGGGCUAACACAAGAACCAAUGACUUCUGGAGUUUUUUUUGUUGAUCCAAAAUUAUGGAUUCACAUUUAGAUUUUACAUUUUUGAGCAUGUUGACAUGGAAUUCAACGGUUCAUUACAUCAAAAAAGAAUAAAUUGAAUGCUCUCGAGUAGCAAUUCAAAUUGCGCCUGAGGCAUAUUACAAGAAGAGAGAAUAUGUGGAUGCGCCCGGGCGCAACUUAAAUACGACUGGGGAGCGCUCAAAUUGUGCCUGAGGCGCAUGUGAUGCUGCAAAUAUUUUUAA